UGUAAAAUGUUGCGCGUCUCGAAACUCAUCACAUUCUUUUAAUUAUGUCCGCUUCCCAGGAGGAUGAAAUGGAGCGAGACCAAAAAACUCCCUCUGAAGAUCCACGGCCAUGCUGUGGUCUCCUACAAAGGACUGGUGUAUUGCAUCGGAGGAAAAACAGAUGACAAUAAAGCUCUCAACAAAAUGUUUGUGUACAACCACAAGCAGUCUGAGUGGAGGGAGCUGGCGGCGAUGAAGACCCCCAGGGCCAUGUUCGGGGCCGUCAUCCACAACGGCAAGAUUGUGGUGGCAGGAGGAGUCAACGAGGAGGGCCUCACCGCUGGGUGUGAAAGCUACGACUUUGCCGCAAACAAGUGGGAGCCCUUCUGCGAGUUCCCUCAGGAACGGAGCUCCGUUAACUUGGUGAGCAGUGGGGGCUCCCUGUACGCCGUCGGCGGUUUCGCUAUCGUCCAGAUGGCGAACAAGGAGGUGGCCCCGUCAGAGGUCACCGAUGUCUGGCAGUACGAGGACGACAAGAAGACGUGGAGCGGUAUACUGAGGGAGAUGCGCUACGCCGCCGGCUCCUCCUGCGUCUCCAUGCGGCUCAACCCCGCCAGGAUGCCCAAGCUGUAACCAUGGCCGGUACCCGCAACCCCAAACCCCCUCCACCCCCAUUUUGUGAUGCACCCUCCCACCCCUCCCUCCUCCUCCUCCUCCUCCUCCUCCUCCUCCUCCUCAAUGUGCACUGAAGACAUCAAACGCUAUCAGUUUGGACUCCGGUUGAUCUGUCUCACCGAGUUGAUCAGCCGACUUGUGUUUCAGUCAGGUGAUUUUUGUCGAUGCUACAAGUAAAAAAAGCCAAAAUUAAAAAAGAACAGAAACGACAUACAUUUGCUACUGCCUCUGCAAAGACUGCACCAACACUACAGUAUUGAAGAAAAAAAGCACACACACACUCACAAUGUAGUUCAUUCUAGCUGUUUUUUGUUUUUUUUUUGUAAAAUAAACCUUUGUAAACUCCCAA